UCCUCACCACCCUUCCUCUUCUCCUCUCCUCUCGUUUCAAGGCACACAGGGGACGAGAAAGAGUGGAGAGAAGGUAGGUCUGAGGAGAUCAUAGCUGAUAACGAUGGUGGCCAGAGGAGGAGCUCAGCUGAGCUGCUGUGUGUUGAUGAUCGUUAGCCUUGUCAUCGCCGCCGCUCCGCUCGGGUUAUCCGGUGGCGGAGAACGCAGCCACCGGGACCGCAUGGCCCGCCGCUUGGAGACCCUCAUUGCUCCGUCGUCCGCCGCCGAUGCUCCGUCUAUCUCGCAGGCGAAGUCCGGUUCGCGUGUAUACCAUGUGAUCGACUACGGCGCCGAUCCGAAGGGAGUUGCCGAUUCCUUCGCGGCAAUCUCGAAGGCCAUCUCCGACGCCUUCGCCGACGCCGCCUCCGGGCUUUCGCUGAUCGCCGGAAUCUCCAACCUUGGUGGUGUGGAGGUACACCUUGAUGGUGGCGUGUACGUGGUCACUUCUCCCUUAACCUUACCAGCCAACGGCGGCAAUGUGAAGAUUCACGGGGGAAGCCUGCGGGCGGCCGACGACUUCCCGGCGGAUCGGUAUCUGAUCGAGCUUUGGGCCGCGCAUGACUCCACCGCCGGUGGUGGAGCCAGCUCUUCCGGCUACGACUACGAGUACGUCACGCUGAGGGACCUGAUGCUGGACUCCAACUACAGAGGCGGCGGCGUCGCCGUCGUCAACUCUCUCCGGACCAGCAUCGACAACUGCUACAUUGUCCAUUUCACAUCCGACGGCGUCUCCGUCCGGUCCGGGCACGAGACCUUCAUCAGGAACUCCUUCAUAGGUCAGCACAUCACCGCCGGGAACGAUCCCGGAGAGAAGAACUUCACCGGCACCGGAAUCAACCUGGCGGGAAACGACAAUGCGGUCACCGACGUCGUCAUUUUCUCAGCGGCCAUCGGCAUCCUCGUCUCCGGCCAGGCCAACACCCUGACCGGAGUGCAUUGCUACAACAAGGCGGCCGGGUGGGGCGGGACGGGGAUCUACUUGAAGCUUCCCGGACUAACCCAGACCCGAAUCACCAACUGCUACUUGGACUACACCGGCAUCGUCUCCGAGGAUCCCGUCCAGCUGCACGUCUCCGGCUCCUUCUUUCUGGGCGACGCCAACGUGGUGCUCAAGUCGGUCAAGGGCGUGGUCAAGGGCGUCGACAUCGUCGACAACAUGUUCUCCGGCGGCGGCAAAGGCGUCGACAUCGUCCGCUUGGACGAAUCCAACGGGAAGUUCGUCAACGUUGAUCAGGUGACCGUGCGGCGAAACAGCGUGAACGGCAUGACGGCGCGGUCGACGGCGGCGAGGGCGACGGUGGAGGGCAACGGGACGACAUGGACGGUGGACUUCUCGCCGGUGCUCCUGUUUCCUGGGCGCAUCGGGCACGUGCAGUACACGCUGUUGGCUGACUCGGCGUUUCCGAGCCACGCGUUGAGGAACGUGUCGGGGAACACGGUCGUCAUCGAGUCUGACGUGGCGGUUCAGGCUACUCUCCACGUGGAGGUCGACCAGGGCUUGGGCAGCAUGGAUGGUGUCUGAACACACCCAUUUCUUUUCUUUUCUCUAAAACGCGUAACAAAAAGUUUACGCACCACCGCACAACAGCUGAUGGGAAAGAAGCAAUUGUUGGCUCCUCCGGCUGUGUUUUGUUCCCUCCAUUCCUGCCUUCGACAUUCAAUCACUCUGUAAGUAAACAAUGUUCAUGGAGAAUUCUGUGAAGCAACUAUUUGGGUU